CCUCCACCUAUCUCCUCCUUCGCACUUCCAGCUACAUAUAUUCGAUCGAAACUAUUUUUUCAGACUAAAACUUCAAGUUGUUCUACAAUGGCCGCCGCCGCCGCCGCCUCCACAAAGUCUCUAAUAAUUGGCUCCCUUCUCAUCUCGUUUCUCGCCAUCCAGCUAGCUCAUGCUGAUCAUCCGCCGGCACCGGCGCCCUAUGCUCCCAAAUUCGAUUGUGGGGGUGCUUGCGACGCCAGGUGUCAGUUAUCCAGCAGGCCCAACCUAUGCAAGAGAGCUUGUGGGACUUGCUGCGUCCGGUGCAGCUGUGUUCCUCCCGGCACAGCCGGUAACUACGACAAGUGCCCUUGCUACGCCGGUUUGACCACCCACGGCGGUGUCCGCAAGUGCCCUUGAUGAUAAGUGUUUUGUUCCGGUCGCCGGAGAGAGAGGAAGGAGAAAGAGGGUUAGAUGUACUGCUUCUUGUAAUUUGUGUGUAUGUUUCCGUUUUUUUUUUUUUUCUUCUUCUUCUUCUUCUUGUUACAGGGUACUGUUAAAGUGUCAUUAGAGGUAAAAUCACGAGUGCGAGGAAAUCCGGUGAUAAAAGGCAAUAAAAGCUAAAUGGAUGUUAUUUGUCACGUAAAUGUCAAGGUCUGAAUGUGACUUUGGACUUUGUUCAAGCAUUAAUUAUUAUUUUUAUCGUUACAAUGUCGAUUACUUUCUUGGGGCUUGGAGUUAUUUUAUUGGGUAAUAAAAUUAUAUGUAGGGAUGGCAACGGGGCGGAUCGGGGGCGGGUACCUACCUCCCGAUCCCCGCCCGUCAAGACUGACGGAUUUCCCCGUCCCCGUUCGUGUAGUUUAAUCGGGGGGAUUUUGUCUACCGUCCCCGUGAGCAGACGGAUCCGGAUAACCCACGGAUCACGAACCAAGGAUUUGAGAUGCAGGUGCGAUUGGAGAUGCAGGCCCGAUUUUGGGGAAGAAGAGGAAGAGAGAAGAUCAGAGUGAUUGGAACAGGCGUGAUAGGAGAUACGGGCGCGAUUUUGGCGUUGCAGGAUUUUGGUGAUGGUGGCGUAGAGUUGCAGUAGCGUAGGGAGGCGGGGAAGAAGAGGAAGAGAAAAGAAGGGAGGAGUGACUGGAGGAAGAAGAGGAAGAGUGGAGAGGGAAGGGGUGACUGGAGCCGAUUAGAAGAGGGAGGAAGGAUAGGAAGAAGAGGAAGAGUGAAGAGGUAAGGUUAACAGUUGGUUGCAAUGAAGAUUAGGGUUUUUUAACCCUCAUUUAGUUUAUAUAUUAGUGUCCAAAACGAGGUCGUUUUGGAGGAUCGGGCGGGGACGGGGCGGAUACCACGAGAUCCAUCACCACCCGUUGCCCGUUACUCACGGAUUUCGGGUAUGCCCGAAUCCGCCCUUUACCCACGAUGGACGGGUAAAAUGCUAACCAGAUGGGUGGGUUUCGGGUGGGUAUCCGGCGGGUCGGCCAAUGUUGCCAUCCCUAAUUAUAUGGUAAUUAAAGGAUUUAAUUCUC